AUGCAAAUCCUCUCCAUUCUCACCACCCUCCUGUUGGCGACUUCCUCUCUUGUCCUCGCCAACCCCACCAGGCCCGUCUGCGGCACCUGCAACCCUCUGUCGGGCCAAAACAACUGCGACAUCACGACCUCGUGCAUCAACACGGGCACCCGGUUCCAUUGUGCCUGUCGCGCGGGUUACAAGGCGUCGAAGGACAACAAUGAUAUCACCAAGCAGUUCCGCUUGAACGUGCCCAAUUACCAGUUCCUGGUGUUCACUCCGGAGUCAACUGAGUGUAAUACGCUCUGCGAUAACCCAUACGGAGCGAGCCCGAAUCUGUGUGCUGAGGUGCCGAUUCAGAAUAGAUGCGAGGUUUAA